GAGGCUGUAACUCUGCUCCCUUUCACAUCUCUCAAAUAAUUUGCUGUCUGCUGUUUACUACUAUAUUACCUAGCUCAAUGGCAAUUACAUUUUCUACUAAGCCAUAAAUGUGCAUAAUAUCUAACAAGGAGGGCAAGGGAAAAGCAGCCUGUCCUGCUAAUGUUUCGUCAUCAGCCGUGGUUCUAAGCAUCACCUCAGGAGGUUCUAAUCAGAGCAACAUGCUGCACCUCACUGUGCUCCUCCUUUUCCUCCUGUCCCUCACUUUCCCCUCCACGGAUGCAUCUGUCUUCGGAGGGGAACCUGGUUUCUACGGAGACGAUGCUACAGGUUACGGGCCGGUGUUUGAGGAUCAGCCGGUCGAAACCAUCUACCCCGAGGAGUCGCCUGAGGCCAAAAUCACCAUGAGCUGUCGAGCACGAGCCAACCCACCUGCCACAUACCAGUGGAGGUUGAACAGCCAGAGCAUAGACCUGGAUGGUGAUAACCAUUACACUCUGGUCGGGGGCGACCUGGUCAUCUCUAACCCCAUCAAGAACAAACACGUUGGGAACUACUCCUGUGUGGCCACCAACGACUACGGCACUGUGGUCAGCCGAGAGGCUGGCGUCCGGUUUGGAUACCUGGACUUCUUCUCGUCUGAGGAAAGAGAGGCGGUGCACGUGAAGGAGGGCCAGGGGGCAGUCCUGCUCUGCGCUCCCCCACCACACUACCCACACGAGCUGUCAUUCCGCUGGAUUCUGAACGAGUUCCCUAUCUUCAUCACGCUGGAUAAACGUCGCUUUGUCUCCCAGACUACAGGGAACCUCUACAUCUCAAAGGUGGAUUUAUCAGACAGUGGCAACUACUCCUGCUUCGUCUCCAGUGCCUCCAUCGCCAAGAGUGUCUUCAGCAAGUUCAUCCCCCUCGUCCCCCUGACUGAACGUCCAAUCAGGAAAUACCCCGCUGACAUCAAAGUCAAGUUCCCAGACACUUACGCACUGGUGGGACAGAAUGUCACAAUGGAAUGCUUCGCCCUGGGAAACCCCAUCCCUCAGAUCCGCUGGAAGAAGAUGAACGGAGAGCUGCCGUCCAAUCACGACGUCAGCAUGGCGGGGGCCCACCUCCACCUGUACAACGUGCAGUAUGAGGACGAGGGGACAUACGAGUGUGAGGCCCUCAACUCCAAAGGAAAGGACUGGCACAGGGCACGUGUCUCUGUAGAAGCAUUCCCGGAGUGGACCGAGUCCAUCAACAGUACAGAGAAGGACAUCAGUAGUGACUACACCAUGUCCUGUGUGGCUAGCGGCAAGCCCAAACCCCACGUACAGUGGCUCAAGAACAGCUAUGCCUACGAUAAGCGUGAUUUGAGGUUCAGUGGUCUGACGUUUAAGGACUCUGGGAUGUACCAGUGUAUAGCAGAGAAUCGCCAUGGAGUCAUCUAUGCUAACGCAGAGCUGCGAGUGAUUGCGUGCGCCCCUACGUUUGAGCACAACCCUGUGAAGUGGAGGAUUCUGGGAGCUAAGAACGGCAGAGUGGUCAUAGAGUGUAAACCUAAAGCAGCUCCCAAACCCUCGUUCUCCUGGAGCAAGGGCACUGAACUGCUCUUCAACUCUACCAGGGUGUUAAUCUGGGAGGAUGGUAGUCUGGAAAUUCUGAAUGUGACCGAAGCAGACGAGGGGCGUUACACCUGCUUUGCUGAGAACAAUCGGGGCCAGGCCAACAGCACAGGCUCCCUCUCCAUCACAGAGGCCACUAAGAUCACCUUGGCUCCUUCCAACGCAGACGUGACGGUGGGGGAGAAUACCCACAUGCAGUGUGCCGCGUCACAUGACUCCACGCUGGACAUCACAUUCGUCUGGACCCUGGACGCCCACACCAUCGACAUCGACCGGGAGGGAUCCCACUAUGAACGCAACCUGAAUGGUGGUUCCAGUGGAGAGCUGCUCAUUAAGAACACCCAGCUGAAGCAUUCUGGACGUUACACCUGCACCGCCCAGACCCCUGUGGACAACGUCACCGCAUCCGCCAAUCUGGUAGUCAGAGGUCCGCCUGGGUCUCCAGGUGGGGUGCGCGUGGAGGAGAUCAGGGAUAAGAGUGUGCGUCUGAUCUGGAGCCGAGGUACAGACAACCACAGCCCCAUCUCUAAAUACACUAUCCAGUGCCGGGACUCGUUCUCUCAGGAGGACUGGCGAGACGCCACCACAUCCCCUCCAGAUGUGGAAGGAAAUGCAGAGUCGGCCACGGUGGUGGACUUGUUUCCCUGGACAGAGUAUGAGUUCAGGGUGAUAGCCACCAACACCCUGGGGACAGGAGACCCCAGCAGCCCCUCUCCCAAAGUCACCACGCUGGAGGCAGUUCCUGUGGUGGCGCCCUCAGACAUCGGCGGCGGCGGGACCAGCAGGGAGCUGACCAUAACUUGGACGCCAGUGCAGCCACAGUACUACUAUGGACGUAACUUUGGCUACAUCAUCGCCUUUAAGCCCCGGGAUGGCUACGAGUGGAGGAAGGUGACUGUGGCAGACCCCGGGGCUAAACACUACGUCCACAAAGACUCGUCCAUCCUCGCCUCCACAGAGUUUGAGGUCAAAGUGAAGGCCUUCAACAGCAAAGGGGAAGGACCCUAUAGUCUCAUGGCUGUCAUCUACUCUGCGCAGGACGUGCCAUCUAAAGCCCCGACUAGUGUGGGGGCCAGGGCGCUGUCCGCCACUGAGGCCAUCGUGUGGUGGCUUCCUGUCACCCAGCACACUGUAGAAGGCUACCAGGUGCGGUACUGGAGGAAGGCGGAGGACAGCGAGACGUCCAGUCAGAGGGUGGUGUUGUCCAGCAGAGAGAACCGGACCAGGCUGGAUAACAUGAGGCCAGACUCCCACUACCUCAUAGAGGUCAAGGCCUACAAUGCAGCCGGAUACGGACCCCCCAGCCAACACUUACAGAUCUACACCAAGAAAGCCCCCCCAAGCCGGCCUCCUAAAAUAAUCAGUAAAAAGCUGAAAGGCACAUCAGUGAAUAUCGCCUGGGAACAUGUUGAGCCCUUGGCCAACGAGUCAACAAUAGAUGGCUACAAGGUCCUGUACAGGCAGGCCAGCAAAUCCACUGGGACGCUGUUUAACACUGGGAAGCGGUCCAUAGACCUGCCCAUGCACAAGGAUGGGGACUACAUAGUGGAGGUCAGGGCUUACAGCGAAGGAGGGGACGGGGCUGUGGCCCAAAUACGCAUCUCAGGUGGAGGCGUCAUGGCUGCCAAGUCCCUCCGCUUGGCCUCCCUGCUCCUGGUGGCUCUGCUCUGCCUGAUGAGCCUCUGAAUGUAGCGCCAUCUUUCUCUGUCUUCACUGUCCAGUCCAGUGAAGGAGACUCUGUGAAGUUGACGCCUAUCUAUGACAACUUUGGUUUCCACAACCUUUGGUUUCACCUUGCAGGCCAAAAAAAAAACAUAUUCCCCGUUUCGAGGAAUUAAGGCUCUGUUUGUGGGGGAAAAGACACCAUACAAAAUUUGGACAGAGAAGAUAUCUGGGAUCUCUCUUAUUUUAAACCUACAUUAUCAUUGAAGGAGGAGCGUCUAAAGGGGGUGUUUCAACUUUUUCAAUAUGCCUUAUAUGUGAACGGUUACACUUAUCUUUCACAAUGCCAUGACUGGCUCUUGACUGGGUGAGGUGUUAGUGCAUAGGUACUGCACCAAGAUGGCAGGUAACUGUUUAAAAAAAAUAUUGUGAUUACAGGCCUUUCUUGUUCAUUCAUGAAGGUACAGUAGCUUCAAAGUGUGUGUUUCAUUUGAUGUAUGGCAUUAUGGACAAUUGUUACAACAUAGCAUUCCAUAUAUAGUGUAUAUAUAUAUAAGCUUAGCAGGUAAUAUAGUUGUGAAGGAUAAGUGUAUGAGUUUAUGAAAAUGUCUUUGUGUUUUAUAUGCAUUUCAGUGACUUUUUCUUCCCCCUUUUUUCUUUUCUUUUUUCAAGAUGAAUUACACCAUCCCCUUUACAGAGAUACAGUCCAAUCAAAUCUCUACUCAUGGUCACCGGCAUCCUAAGAUUUCUCUUAUCGAACAUCAUCUGACAAAAGAGCAAUUCAUGUAAUACUAAUAUAAUAUAUGCAAUGUAUAUGGUUUUGCUAUCUAAUAAGUACAUAUAGCCAGUACAUCUAGCUUACUAUUAACGCUGUAACUUCUUUGUUCAGAGAAACGUUGAUUUUUAUCUCACAAAAACAUGCUUUAUUUCCAACUCGUAACGUUCUCGAAAAUGAAUAGACCCCGUUUACAAGUGUUUGCAUGUAGCCAUUGUUAUCAGAAAGAGUUUCCUGACAAAACGAGAGAAACUUCUCAGCCAGAGUGAUGCGAGCAUUUUUAGCACAUGCAUAUCUGUGUAUGUAAAAGUUGAAUGUAUUGAUGAUCUGUGGGAACAAGAAAUUAGCUUGAAAACAUAUCAGACCUGCAGUUUGUAUAUAUCUAUAAAAAGGAUGCGGAUUCAUGAUUUCGACUGGCUGAGAAAAGCUGCCUGCCUGUCUGUCUCAUCCGGACUCCCGGCACGUUCUUUGCUAUGGGACAGCUGGAGAUCGAAUUUGAAUAUUGUAACAAUGUUGCAAAUACCUGAGGGACAGACCGCAAGGUUUAUACAAAAAUCCGUUGUUGAAAACUAAAUGUUAGUCUUAAAGAAAUGUGAGAUAAUGUCUAGAUGCUUUUUAUAGUGGAGAUCUAGUUUAGAAAUUGUGACCGACCGGCUUAAAUCGGUCUCGUGCCGCAAAAUUUGAAAUUGUGUUUUUUUUUUUUUACAUUGGAUAAAAGUGGAGACUCAGAGCUACAAAAUGGUAUUUCAUACACUGCAUUUGAGGAACAAUGGGAAAGUAAUUCUGCUUUGAAAGUUGAUAAACUUAUAAACUCACUUUUGAGAAAAUUGCCUUUUGAAUGUUUUGGUACCUACUAGAGAGCUCUUCUUUGUCUACACCCAUUCAGCAUUGUUCACACCCUCUUAAAAUGGGUGGGGCUAAACAAUGAACCAUAAUCCCAAUCCAUAGAGUGCUAGCUAAAGUUAUCCAAAUAGGUUCAGUGUUAGCUAGUUAGCUUGCUAACAUUAGGCUAUAACUAGCAAUGCGAAAUGGCAUUCUGAUAUAACAUUAAAGUUACUACACACAGAUCAUAAACAUAAUAUUAGCUAGCGAGCCUGCCAUCUAAUGUCAGCUAGCUAGCUAACAGCAAGCUUUAGCUUGCAAUGAAAACAACUUUCUGACAAAAUUAUAAACGUAUAAUAUCUGAAACUGUAGCUAGACUCUUACCCAUAUACAUGAACGAAUGCUUCAUGGCAGACUGCAACCCCUUUCAUUAAAUAAGACAUCCUGUGUUGUUUCCAUUUUGUUUGUACGCUUUUUUGCCAACGUUUACUGACAUAUUCAACCGAUGUUAUUCUGCACUCUGGCACACUCAGACAAGAAUGCUCUGAAACAGUUGCUGCAGUGACGUUCUAUUGAAAUGGAUACUUGCAUAGUGGAGUCUUUUGUUAAGUGUUACUACACGAUAAAUAAAAUAAAAAAGCAGCGUUAGAUUGGAUUACCUAGACAUAAUGACCAGCUCAAAUAGACAGAAGUGUGCUAUAUGGCAGACCAAUCCAAACUCAUCUCUUGGCAUGUUCAGCCCACUCAUUAUCUCAGCCAAUCAUGACUAGCGGGAAGGUUGCUGUCUUUUUAACCAACUGUGCUCGUAAUUUACCUAUUUUAUUCGUAUAGAGCCUUGCAAAAGUACUCAUCCCCCUUGGCGUUUUUCCUAUUUUGCUGCAUUACAACUUGUAAUUUAAAUGGAUUUUUAUUUGAAUUUCAUGUAAUGGACAUACACAAAAUAGUCCAAAUUGGUGAUGUCACAUAAUUAGUUAAAGAAAGUCCACCUGUGUGCAAUCUAAGUGUCACAUAAUCCGUCACAUGAUCUCAGUAUAUAUACACUUGUUCUGAAAGGCCCCAGAGUCUGCAACACCACUAAGCAAGUGGCACAAUGAAGACCAAGGACUCUCCAAACAGGUCAGGGACAAUGUUGUGGAGAAGUACAGAUAAGGGUUGAGUUAUAAACAAAUAUCCGAAACUUUGAACAUUCCACAGAUCACCAUUAAAUCCAUUAUAAAAAUGUUUGAAAGAAUAUGGCACCACAACAAACCUGCCAAGAGAGGGCCACCCACCAAAACUCACAGACCAGGCAAGGAGGGCAUUAAUCAGAGAGGCAAUAAAGAGACCAAAGGUAACCCUGAAGGAGCUGCAAAGCUCCACAGCUGAGAUUGGAGUAUCUAUCCAUAGGACCACUUUAAGCCGUACACUCCACAGAACUGGGCUUUACAGAAGAGUGGCCAGAAAAAAAAAACAUUGCUUAAAGAAAGAAAUAAGCAAACACAUUUGGUGUUCGCCAAAGGGCAUGUGGGAGACUCCCCAAACGUAUGGAAGAAGGUACUCUGGUCAGAUGAGUAAAACUUUUUGCUUUUUGGCCAUCAAGGAAAAUGCUAUGUCUGGCGCAAACCCAACACCUCUCAUCAACCCAAGAACACCAUCCACACAGUGAAGCAUGGUGGUGGCAGCAGGGACUGGGAAAGUGGUCAGAAUUGAAGGAAUGAUGGAUUGCACUAAAUACAGGGAAAUUCUUGAGGGAAAACUGUUUCAGUCUCCCAGAGAUUUGAGCCUGGGACGGACGCUCACCUUCCAGCAGGACAAUGGCCCUAAGCAUACUGCUAAAGCAACACUUGAGUGGUUUAAGGGGAAACAUUUAAAAGUCUUGGAAUGGCCUUGUCAAAGCCCAGACCUCAAUUCAAUUGAGAAUCUGUGGUAUGACUUAAAGAUUGCUGUACACCAGUGGAACCCAUCCAACUCGAAGGAGCUGGAGCAGUUUUGCCUUGAAGAAUGGGCAAAAAUCCCAGUGGCUAGAUGUGCCAAGCUUUUAGAGACAUACCCCAAGAGACUUGCAGCUGUAAUUGCUGCAAAAGGUGGCUCUACAAAGUAUUGACUUUGGGGGGGGGGGGGGGAAUAAUUAUACACGCUCAAGUUUUCAGUUUUUUUGUCUUAUUUCUUGUUUGUUACACAAGAAAAAAUAUUUUGCAUCUUCAAAGUGGUAGGCAGUUGUGUAAAUCAAAUGAUACAAACCCCCGCAAAAUCCAUUUUAUUUCCAGAUUGUAAGGCAACAAAACAGGAAAAAUGCCAAGGGGGUGAAUACUUUGGCAAGCCACUGUAUUUACAGAUGGCAUAUAGGUUUGUUAUUAAGGCACAUGAAAGUUCACAUGUUCCAGAAUGAACGCAUUUUGAUAAAUAAAACAGUUCAAACAGCUCUCCUGUGAAGUAGUCACCCUCGACAUACGCCUAGUUGCCUGACUGGGCUGAUAAAACAGUGGAUUGCGCAGUCAGGUGGAACAGAGUAAAUAGGCAUUUUAACGUCAUAGACUUAGCUGGCGGUAACUUGUUGAAUAGACACCGGCUGAAAUGCGGUUUUUAACCAAUCAGCAUUCAGGACUAGACCCACUGGUUGUAUAACAUUAUAACAUGACAUAAACAAUGUGUGACAGUAGUGUAUUUGGUUUGCUUGUCAGGACAACUAACUGUCCCGUGACCAUCGCUUUGCCAUAACAUGUGUCCAGUGUUGUAAGCAUGUACACUUGGAGGAACCAUAUCAACUAAACUGAGUUUGGAAUCAUAGAAAUAGAAAUAUAGAAUGGGUGUUUUCCCUUCUAAGGAUCCUAUUUGUGGUUUGAAUAUCCCAUGAAAGAGUACAUUGAGCACAAAAAGGCUUUGUUUUGACUGUAUCAGACCUUAGUGGUAGACUACAUGCUGGUGCUUUGUAAAGAAUGUUUCGCAUUUAGUUUCAUCUUUUUAAUGUCUCAUUUAUUUCGUUUUUUAAAUGUCUUAUUUUUUAUGUUUCAGCCCCUUUUUAAUCAAUGUCUCAAGUGUGAGUGUCACUAUCAACAGUGACGCAGUGACUCUCACUCAGUAAGUAAGCGUGCAAUGUCAGUUUGAAUCUUGAAUGGCUAUUUAAAUUGUAUUACACGUAACACAACCUGCCUAGCUCCUAUAACAGUUAUACUACUAUUGUGUGUCAUGGUCCAUAAACUGGUGCAACUCAAGAUAAACAACACAAACUUUCAAUACCCGUAUCAUAGUCCUCCAAAGCUCAUUCAUUGGUCCUACUAUGUUUGUGACAUUCAUUUGUCUUUUUUUAUUAACAACAUGAGAGUUAUGAUGUCAUCAGAGAUAUAUAGAGUAUGCAUUAUCAAUUGGUGUUGUUGUUCAUCAUUAUGACCCGCUACUGGUUAAACAGUAGAGAUGUAUUACUGUUAUUUCCCGCAAGAAGUAUAAAAAUGCAGAUUUCUUUUUUAAAUUUCUCCCUGAAUACAUGUUCGGUGUGAUGCUAGCCAUGCUUUUACUAGCUCUGGUCCAGGGUGUUCAAGUGGCUUGCUACACAAGGCUCAAGCAGCGCCCUGGACCAGAGCUAUGCCUCUGCAUACAUUGUGACUAUGUCAACAAAACACCUACCAAAGUGCUUUCCCCGGUUCCCCCUCAUGCGACAAGUCAUUGAAAGAGUUGCCAAAUGCAUGAAUGCCUUGAACUUUGAUAUUUGGAAGGAAAGUUGCUAUUACUACAUCCUAACAUGCAUGACAUUGGAAAGUGAUUAUAGGCCUAUAUGGUAAAGAAGCUCCAUCCGUACAUUGCAAUGAGUCAACGCAUCAUACAUACAGGCAACUUCCUAUCCGCUUCAUAUGAACUCAACAUGCCUUUGUGGCAAAUAAUAAUAAACAUUAAUUCCAUUAUGA